AUGCAAACGCCUUCACAACCUCCACGGAGUACCAUUGGCAUCUCUGACUUCGUGGAGGACGACAUUCUCGAUAUUGUUGAGGAUGUUUUGUCCUCGGACAGCGACAGUAAGCCCCCAAAACACAAAGGCUCUUAUCCGGGGAAAAAGCCAAAUGUCGAGCGCAAUCGAGAGCGAGGUGCGCAACUGCUGUUCCAAGACUACUUCAGUGAAACUCCAACCUAUAAUGGAUCUAUGUUUCAGAGGCGUUUCCGAAUAACAAAACAGCGCUUCAUGGAAAUUUUCGAUGUACUCCAAUCGGACCGCUUUUUUACUCAGCAGAAAGACUGUACAGGUAAACUGGGUCUAAGUGGACUACAGAAAGCGACAGCUGCUAUCAGGGUUAUGGCAUAUGGCGGAGCUAGUGAUGCAUUGGACGAAUAUUUAAGAAUAGCUUCGUCAACAGUAGACAUUUGCUUGCGCAAGUUUGUGGAACUUUUGCUGCGAAACUAUGAGGAAACGUACCUUCGCAGUCCCACAGCAUCAGAUUUGAGAUUGCUGCUGUCGCGAUCCUCUGAUAGAGGCAAAAUCGCAAGCGGGACAUAUCCACCUCCAUUGCAAUAUAUCAUAAAUGGACAAGAGCGAAAUAUCCCUUAUUGGCUCGUAGACGGCAUUUAUCCGAAAUGGCCCUGCUUUGUCCACUCUAUUGCUGAGCCAGGUACUCCUAAAGAAAAACUGUUCUCAAACAGACAAGAGUCAGAGCGAAAAGAUGUGGAGCGCGCAUUCGGGGUUCUCCAGGCAAAGUGGCAUGUUAUUGCAAGACCAGGCCGCUUCUGGAAUAUCGACUUUAUGCACAAGGUAAUGAAGUCUUGCAUCAUAUUGCAUAACAUGUGUGUUGAGGACAGGGUUGUGCACUGUGACACAGACAAUGACGCAUUCGAUCUAGGGGGCGAUCUAAAUUUACCAAUGUGGGGGAGCUCAAGUGAUAGUACUGUAGUGACAGCUGCAGCUCCCGAUAGUAUUGAGGCACUUUGCGCCGCAAGUGCUUUUACCAGUAAUGCUGUCGAGUACUUGAACACAAAAAAGCUCGUCAUGGACCACCUGUGGGAUCAUGCAGGCAGCCACGAGCUUGAAUAUUAG